GCGAGGGGCCGGGAUGGGCAGUCAUCAGUCUUCCCAGGCCUCUGCCGCAGACAUGGAGAAACUCAGCGCGCUGCAGGAGCAGAAGGGCGAGCUGCGCAAGCGGCUGUCCUACACCACGCACAAGCUCGAGAAGCUCGAGACCGAGUUCGACUCCACGCGCCACUACCUGGAGAUCGAGCUGCGGCGCGCGCAGGAGGAGCUGGAGAAGGUCACGGAGAAGCUGCGCAGGAUCCAGAGCAACUACAUGGCGCUGCAGAGGAUCAACCAGGAGCUGGAGGAUAAGCUGUACCGCAUGGGCCAGCACUAUGAGGAGGAGAAGCGAGCGCUGAGCCAUGAGAUUGUUGCCCUCAACAGCCACCUGCUGGAGGCCAAGGUGACCAUCGACAAGCUGUCGGAGGACAACGAGCUCUAUAGGAAGGACUGCAAUCUAGCGGCCCAGCUGCUGCAGUGCAGCCAGACCUACGGCAGGGUCCAUAAGGUGUCCGAGCUGCCCUCGGACUUCCAGGAGCGCGUGAGCCUGCACCUGGAGCAGCACGGCUGCAGCCUGCCCUCCCCGCUGUGCCGCCCGGCCUUCGCCGACAGUGUGCCCGCCUGCGUCAUCGCCAAGGUGCUGGAGAAGCCCGACCCCGCCAGCCUGUCCUCCCGCCUGUCGGAUGCCUCCGCCCGCGACCUGACCUUCCGCGACAGGGCGGAGAAGCCGGGCCUGCGGCCCCCCUACAAGGGGGAUGUCUACUGCAGCGACACGGCCCUCUACUGCCCCGAGGAGCCACCGCGCGACCGGCGGCCCAGCGUGGACGCAUCUGUGACCGAUGUGGGCUUCCUGCGGGCUCAGAACUCCACCGACAGCGCAGCAGAGGAGGAGGAGGAGGCCGAGGCGGCGGCCUUCCCGGCAGCCUUCCGGCGCGAGGCCUUCCCAGGUUACGCGGGCUCGCUGCCCACGUCCAGCUCCUACUCGAGCUUCAGCGCCACGUCCGAGGAGAAGGAGCAGGGCCCGGCUAGCACGCUGGCCCCGCCACAGCAGGCCGUCUACGUGAACAGCCGCGAGCAGCGGUUCCAGCGCCCGCCUCCCCCUGCCGCCUACCAGGGCAGCCUGCGCUUCGCCAAGGCCGCGGCGGCGGCGGCCCCGCUGGAGGCCGAGGUGGCCCCAGGGUUCGCGCGGACCUUGUCCCCCUACCCAGCCGAGCCCUACCGCUACCCGACUUCCCCCGGCCCCCAGCAGGCCCUGGUGCCCCCAAACCUGUGGAGCCUGCGCGCUAAGCCCGGGUCGGCCCGGCUGCCCAGGGAGGACGCACGCAGCCAGUGGCGGCCCCUGAGCGUGGAGGACAUCGGCGCCUACUCCUUCCCGGUGGCGGCGCGACGGGCCUCACCCUGCAGCUUCCCCGAACGCUACUACGGCGGGGGCAGCCCGGGCGAGAAGGCAGAGGGCCGCGCCAGCCCCCUCUAUGCCAGCUACAAGGCCGACAGCUUCUCGGAGGGCGACGACCUCUCCCAGGGCCGCCUGGCAGAGCCCUGCUUCCUCAGGGCCGGCGGCCCCGCCAGCCCAAGGCCCAGCUAUGCGGCCAGUGAGGGAGACGGGGAGAGGCUCGGGGGGCGCCUGUGCGGGGUGGCCGACAGCCCUGAGCCUGAGCACAGCCUCCAUAGCUCCAGAGACUCCUUGGAGCCCAGCUCCAUGGAGGCCUCCCCCGAAAUGCACCCCGCCGCCCGCCUGAGCCCCCAGCCGGCCUUCCCGCGGACUGGGGGCUCGGGGCUGAGCCGCAAGGACAGCCUCACGAAGGCCCAGCUCUAUGGAACCUUGCUCAACUGA